AUGCUGCUUGGCCAAAAAAUUUCAAAAAAAGGAGGUUUAGGUGUGGUUAUCAGAGAUCACUUGGGGAUGAUCCGUUCGGCCUUCUCUGCUGGUUUUGUUUGCAACUCUAGUUUUUUUGCUGAAGCUAUUGCAAUCAGGGCGGGUCUUCGUCAUGCAGCAAAGCAGAAUUUCUCGCAUGUUCUGGUGGAAUUGGACUGCUCCAGCUUGAUUACCCAGAUAAACUCUGAGUGCUUUGAUCUCGAUGUUAGUUGCAUUGGUUUUAAUAUCCUCCAACUUCAGAAAUCUUUUGUUUCUUGCUCCUUUAGCUUUAUACCAAGGUCUUCCAAUUCUAUGGCAAAUUCCUUGGCUCGGUCGGCCCUUUCGGUGGAGUCCCCGAAUGAUUGCCCUCUUAGCUCUCAGUGGCUUCAGAAUCUUUGCUUGAAAGAUGUCACUGCUUGUAAUGGCUCUUUCUUUCAAUGA